GCGCAUAAAAAACCCGUGGCCCGACGCAAAGACGUUUAUGCGGACGAGCGCAUAAUAGAGCGUCGCCCCACGGAGGAACGUAUGAACGAGCGAAAGCGACACGGUCCAGAUCGGCGCCACGCGUCUCGAUUAGGGCCAUCGCCUUCGUCCGUUACGAGCGGGCCAGCCCGCGUUCCGGUCAGGAGGAGAGACUCUCUUUCGCCGUCCGAUCUCCGCUCUCCUCCGACCAACGGCGAAGAUGCUGCCCGAGUCAAUGCGGGGCAGAUCUCCUCGCCUUUAAGAGAGAACGCCCCCUCACCCUUUCCUCCUCGCCCAAGACGAAGAGAUCGGAUUCGUUUCAGGUUCCCAAUCUCUCGCCGUCUUCGUUCUUUUCCCCCCUUUGUCCUCCUCCGCCGUGUCUCUCUCCGGCCGGCGACCUACUUUCUCCGACGGGUCCUGCUUUAUCCCCCUUUUCCCCCUUCUCAUGACCAUACAUCCUCUCCCGGAGACGGAGGGAAGAGAGCUUGCCGGAUCCCGCCCGAUCUGAGGCCGAUAAUUGCCGGUUGAUGGCGUCGGCGAUUCUUGCGAGCACUAAUGAGCAGCACUGGCGAGAACCAAAGGAUUUCAUGAGGAAGAAUCUCAACCCUAACCCUAACCCUAGGCCCGUCCUUAAUCUAUAUGCCGGCGACCAUGCGGCGUCGGCUCGAUUUCACGCCAUGGAGGACGAUGAUGCGAUGCCGAACUGUAACGCUGCUCGGUCUGAAGACUCAUCUUCCUUGAAUCGCAAGCAUGGAUGGGGCCACAAUAGCAGGGAUCUCGCCGCCGGUGGAGCUAGCAGAUACCUGUCAUUCCGCGUCACGACGUUCUCCAAGGGGGAGCGCAGGGAGCUGAAGCGCCGGCUGAUGUCGGAGCUCGACCAAGUGCGGAGCUUGAUGAGCCGGAUCGAGUCGAGGGAGAUCCAGUCCUCCGCCCGGUCCGCCGGAUUCAGCGCGUCGGGGAUCUAUUGCGGUGGCCGGGAGGUCACCUCUUCCGCUCCGAGCCGCGAUCCCAUGGCUUCGAGGCCGUCAGAUCUCUUCCUCGAUUGCCAGCGAGAUCCGAGGCUACAGGCGCGGACGGCGGAAUUAGAUAAGCUUUUCUCCGCCACAAUGAAGAAGUGCGGUCAGAUCUUGUCAAAGCUGAUGAAGAACAAACAGAGCGGAUGGUUCAACUCGCCGGUUGACGUAGUUGGAAUGGGCCUCCACGACUACUUCCAGAUCAUCAAGACGCCGAUGGACCUGGGGACGGUGAAGACUAAGCUCAACAAGGGGCUCUACCCUUCCCCGGCGGAGUUCGCAGUGGACAUCCGAUUGACAUUCAACAAUGCCUUGAUGUACAAUCCGCCGGGGCACGUUGUGCACAAGUUCGCCGAACAAUACCUCCUGCAAUUUGAGGGGAUGUUUUCCCCUGCCUACCACAAGUAUGAGAAUCAGCGGAUUUUUCUGGAGCAGGAAAUCCAAAAGUAUCGAGCUCCAGCCAUGGAGGCGGUUGUCAGAAAUGAUCCUCCACCGCCUCCGGCGUUAUCACAAGCGGCGGCGCCAGUACACGCACGGAGCCCACCUCCUGCUUCAAGCUCAUCGCCGGUGCCGACCUUGCCGCCUCAACAGCUCGCAAGGACGCCGGCGAAGCUGCCGAAGCCCAAGGCGAAGGACCCCGUUAAGAGGCCGAUGACCCUUGUGGAGAAGCAGAAGUUGAGCGAGGGGUUGCAGAGCCUGCCUCAGGAUAAGAUGCCCCAAGUUCUCAACAUCGUGACCAAGAGGAAUGCCGCCGCGGCGCCGAACGGUGACGAGAUCGAGCUCGACUUUGAUACGAUGGACGCCGACACGCUCUGGGAGCUCGAUCGGUUCUUGUGCAACUUCAAGAAGAUGAUCAACAAGACGAGGCGGCACGAGGCGAUUGCCAAAGGGCUGAUCCCUCCAGCAAACAGCCAAGCCACCGCGCCUCCUCCUCUUCCAGCUACAGCCGACGCUGAAAUGUCACCGAUGGCAGUCGAUGACGAUACCAGGCCCGGCAGCAAGAAAUUAACCACUGCGGACGAGGAAAUUGACAUCGGCGAUGACUUGCCGGCCACAAAUUAUCCGUCGGUGGAGAUCGAGAAAAACGCUGGUUGCGACAGUAGCUCCGGAAGCUCCGACUCCGAUUCUUCCUCUUCCAGCGAUUCCGAUUCAGACUCAACCGACAGCGAUUCCGACGACAACGACGAACGAUCUCCGAGGACGACGGAGCAGCGGGACGGUUAGAGCGGCGGGUGGAGUUGUUAUUUUGGGUGGGUGUUUGAUAGAUGGACGAUGAUAGGACUUGGGGUUUAUUGGUAGAGCAGUUCCAUCCAACAAUGAACUGCUUGUUCUGUAAUCGGGAAUCUCUUCCGCCGCAUCCAAUACAAACCCUAACAAUUCUUAUUA